AUGGAAUCCAAGAGAAACCCAUUUCCUAUAAUCACGAUCUUCUUCCUAGCCUUUCUUGUUCCUUGCUGUUUAUCUGCAGCACCCACAGACAGCAUAGCUUCCUGUUUGACUCUUCAUGACAUAUACAACUUCACCACAUUCCCUGACGUGGAAAAUGAUGACCAGUCACCGGCUAAUUACUAUAAGCUCCUCAAUUUUUCAAUUCAAAAUCUGAGGUUCGCGGAGUCCACGGUCCCUAAACCAAUAGCCAUUGUGCUUCCGGAGAGCGUUGACCAGCUAGUUGACACUGUAUUGUGCUCCAGAGAAGGGUCGAGGGAAAUUAGAGUAAGGUGUGGCGGACACAGCUACGAAGGCACUUCGUCCGUCGCCGUUGACGGAGCUCCAUUUUUCAUCAUUGACAUGAUGAAUUUGAACCGGAUUUCGGUGGAGGUGGAAACUGAGGCGGCAUGGGUGGAAGGAGGAGCAACACUUGGUGAGACGUACUCUGCCAUUGCUGACGCAAGCAAAAACCAUGGAUUCUCAGCCGGGUCAUGCCCGACUGUAGGCGUUGGUGGGCAUAUUGGCGGUGGUGGAUAUGGGUUGUUGUCGAGGAAAUAUGGACUUGCAGCCGAUAAUGUAGUGGAUGCACUUCUUAUUGAUGCUAAUGGAAGGUUGCUUGACCGAGAAGGCAUGGGAGAGGAUGUGUUUUGGGCAAUUAGAGGAGGCGGAGGGGGCGUUUGGGGGAUUGUCUAUGCUUGGAAAAUCAAGCUGUUGAAAGUGCCACCAACUGUGACUGGUUUUUCAGUCUCUAGACCAGGCACCAAACGACAUGUAUCAAAGUUGGUGAACAAGUGGCAAUAUGUUGCACCCCAGUACUUAGAAGAUGACUUCUAUUUGUCAUGUUUCAUUGGUGCUGAUCUGCCAGAAACCGUAAGUUCUGCUGGAAUUUCAGCUACAUUUAAAGGGUUUUAUCUGGGUGCUAGGAGCAAAGCCAUAUCCAUUUUAAACCAGGUUUUUCCUGAGUUGGGUGUUGCAGAAGAUGAUUGCAUGGAGAUGAGUUGGAUUGAAUCGGUUGUGUUCUUCUCCGGCCUAAGCAAUGGAAGCUCAGUCUCCGACUUGAAAAACAGGUAUUUGCAAGACAAGGGAUAUUUCAAGGCAAAAUCAGACUAUGUCAGAGCUCCGAUUUCUUUUAGUGGCAUAAGCGCUGCUCUUGAGAUUCUUGAGAAAGAGCCCAAAGGGUACGUUAUUUUAGACCCUUAUGGAGGGAUUAUGCAAAAAAUAAGCAGUAAAUCCAUCGCUUUUCCUCACGGAAAAGGCAACCUCUUUACAAUUCAGUAUCUGGUGGCAUGGCAGGAAGAAGAUGAUAACAAAAGCUGCGAGUACAUAGAUUGGAUAAGAGGGUUUUAUCAUUCAAUGACACCCUUUGUUUCAUGGGGUCCAAGGGCUGCUUAUAUUAAUUACAUGGACUUUGACCUUGGAGUGAUGGAUUUGGUCAACACUAAUGUUCCAUCUGAGGUGGACUCUGUAGAGACUGCCAGACUUUGGGGUGAAAAAUACUUCUUGAAAAACUAUGAUAGACUGGUUAGAGCCAAGACACUAAUUGAUCCCUACAAUGUUUUUAAGAAUGAACAGGGUAUUCCUCCAAUGUCUCCGAUCUGCAGUUUCACAGCUGAGAAAAAAAAUAGUGAGCUCCUGGGAUACUAA